UCAGCUCUUGGCGAGAUUCUACGUGCGGCGAAUCUAGAGGCCCGUCUCUUUCUCUGAAGAAUCGAAAAAACUCUGCUGUUCGAUGGUCCUUUAUUUCCUAUUUAUAUGGAGAGAUGGUACGCCUCUUUGAAAAUUUCUGCUUUGUGAUUAUGAUUGUCCCGUUUGAUGUGGGAGAUCAGAUUGGUGUGAAAUUGGGUACACCUGAUUAGUCUCUUUUUUUUUUCCUACGGCCACGAUAAGACAGUUUCUGAAUUAAAGGGCGCCAAGUGUAACGGUGAGACAUGCAAAAGGUGUGAUGCCCUCAGUCAAGCACAACUAGACAUGCACAAAUACAUGCAUAAUCAUAAGAUUUAUUAUUUUGUUUCUUUUUACAAAAACGGAAGCUAUUCUACUAAUCAAACAUGAAGUGGUCUCUGGUCUAAAUAACCAGAUCAAAAUAGAACAAUCAACGUAACAACUCUCUAUGAAAAGAUCUCGCAAUCUUAGUUAAAAAAAUCCGAAAUUCCAUUCUGAGCUUCACUACGACCAAGCUUCUUCGUCUUGCUCUGCCAUCAUCAUCGUUGGGCUUCAGAUCCGCCCAAGAGAAAGCUUCGAUCCUCUCCAAUGGUGGAGUUUUACGUAGUUGCAAGAUAGGUACCUCAACUUCUGCUUUUUAUUUCUGAUCUUUGUUUCCAGAGCAGCCCGAGUUUGAAGAUGGUUUUAACGAGAAUGCAGAAGCUUCAAGAUCUAGCAACAACCAUGUUAGAGCUCUGGAAUUUGAUGGAUGCACCCAUAGAAGAGCAGCAAAAGUAUCAGCAUAUUACCUGCAAUAUAGCUGCAUCAGAACAUGAAAUAACUCAAGCCAAUAGUCUCUCUGAAGACUUCAUCAAAUACGUUGAGGCAGAACACAGUCUCUGGCUUAUGAUCAAAGUGGCAGAAGAAAAGACUAUGGGAGGUAUCUUACUUGAAUCCAAAACUCAAUCAAAACCUCAAGUGUUGGAGAGGAAUUCCAUAUCCCUCUACGAGGCCCAUCUAAUAAUCAGACUUGGCUCUUAUCUGCCAUCAAGCCCGACCGAAGUUGGUCAAGCCGACUUAGAAUUCAACUUUGAACAUUACAAUACAAACCCUAUAUCAUAUUCCAAACUCUAUAUAAGAAGUAUUAAAUCAUAACAUUCUAAAUUUAUAACACUUAUUUUAUACUAAAUUAUGAAAUUAUACAAACUAUAAAAUUUAAAUAAAAUCAGUAUAUUCAUAAUAUAACUUCAAUUCUUAAACUCCAAACCACAUACCUCAUAUUGACCUAUAUCAUAAAACAUUAAAUCUAAAUUUUUAAUAUUUUAGUCAAUCACACAAAUUUAAAUUUAAAUACAAAAUACAGAUUAAAGUUUUAAAUUAUGAUUCAAAUUAUUUAAAGUUUAAAUAGUUUUAAAAUAAUUAUAAAUAAAAAAAGAAUAUAAUGUGUACUGUUUUUUCUGAGCCAUUGAUUGAUUUUUAAGUCAAAGGUCCAAAAUCGAUCUCCUAUCUAUCUUCACCUUUGUUUUCUAUUGGUUUGACGCCGAUAACCAUCUGCACCAUUAGAUGAUACUGAAUCAACGCUUGAGAUUUGUCUCUUUUUUUUCAAUGAUUUUCUAAGAAAAGAUAUAGUGUCAGAGAGAGAGAGAGAGAGAGAGAGAGAGAGCAUGGAUUAUAGAACUAUACACUCUUUGUUUAGUUCAUCAGUGGUGGAAGGCUUUUUGGCAAAAUUGCGAGUUUAUCAGUGCAGUUCAUUACUGCCAUAGCAGGAGACUCUACCACAAAGACUUAAAGCCGGAAAAACUUGUUUCUUGAUGCUCAAGGAAAUCUGAAAGCCAGAACAGAAGCUUGUGAAGGAUGGUUUCAUCAUCAGGAAACCAACCAAGAUCCACUCUCCUGAAGAAAUACUGAAAGUCAAAGAAGAUUGACAAGUACAUGUACCAUGUAUCGAGCAGACAAGGCGACAGAGAAACUCUGAUAUAUGUAGCAGACGACUCGAUAGAAGUCAACUCCGGUGACUAGGUGAUGCGACGAUAGCACUCUGAAGGCGGAUGCUUAGUUUAGGUUUAGGUUAAUUAUGUUUUGGUUUUAUGUUUUAAUUUUGUUUUUGGUUUAAUGUGUUCUUUAAUUUAUUUGUUUUUAACAACAUGAUGUUCUUUAAUUAUUUGUAUACUGGUUUUAAUUAAUAAAUAAAAUUUAAUUUUUAAAAAUUAAUUUUUGAUUUAAUUUUGAAUUAUUUAAUUAUGAAUUAUAUUUUAAUAAAUUUUCAGAUAAUUAAAAAAUAAAUUAAUAUCACAAAACAUUUGAUAUCUUUGCUAUUGGAAAAUCAAAUUAAUGAGUUUUAAUAACAUUUGUAUCACGCUAUUAUAAAUAUUAACAAUUGCAUACAAACUAAUGCUAUGGUUGUAUAUUUAACUAUAGCAUACCAAUAAACUGCUAUUAAAAAUGUCGGACCUAUUAUAAUGGGUGCUGUCAGAGCGGCUAAGGAAGCGUUGUUAUACAAAACUCAUAUCGUUUUAUGGCCGCUACUAAUACCCAUAUUUCCUGUAGUGAUUAGUGGAGUUUUGUGAUGUAUGGUAUGGUUGCUAAACUAGAGUGAAGUACAUUGAAACACUUAUGAGGUUGGUGUUGAUUCAUUACCACUUAUGUCAUUUGCACUUGCAGAGGUGAAGGUAAUAGUUUAAAAUUUGUGUGAAUCUCUGCUGUUUUCAAACAUCUUCCAUAAGUUUAUUCUAUAUUUUGCUUGAGGUCAAGCAAAAGAUAAGUCUGGAAGAAUUGAUAUACUAUAGAUUUUAUCACUUCUAGACCAUGGUAUAUAAACCUUUUUAGAGACUAUUUAUUAUGUUUGAAGUCUAUUUAAAAUCUUUUCAGGUUCAUGUACAUUUUAGAGAAUUUUGGUGAUUCUGAAACUAUUUGAAGUGCAAAAUUGCGCAGAUGCAUCAAAAGUUUAGUUAUGGAUAGAGAUCUUCCCAUGAUAAGAUUAAGCGCAUAUUUUGAUACAAGCGUUUCACGAAUCUGAUCCAGUGGGGUUUGCUCAUUCCAUGGUUUUGUUGAAUCAUGUCACAUUGUUAGUGGGAUUUGUGUCUCCAAAGUAUGACGGGAUACAUAACUUUGUUCGUAUGGCGGAUUUUGACUUUAGUUAUCUUCUUCGAAAAGGGGUUCUUAAAGUGGCGGCGAGGAAACGCUCGAUCUCCGGUGCUGAACUCGUCAUGUGGUGUAUUUCGAGAGUAUGUCUUGCAUCAAGAGCUGGAGGUCGGCGAUUAGGCGGCUCGUUAGCCAUCAGUCUCUAUCUGUUCAGAUCUGAAUUCCCUUCUUGGUCUUCUUUGUCCUCUUUUUAUACAUAGACAUCUUCCUUCGUUUGUCCUUAAUUUGUUUAACCUAAUGAGUUGGGCCAAGCUUGUUAGGACGAGCAACUGGGCCGAAUCUUCGGGUUAUUGAAUGGAGCCGUGUGUCGAACUGAUGGUGUUGAGUAAGGUCAGGCUGUUAAGCCCAACUCGUGAGUCGAGCUCUUAACGUCGAGUAGCACUAAGUUGAACCGACUAUAUAGACUGAAUUUCUUAUUUGAUACAACUUGUGGAGGGAUACAAUCCAUUUUAACAGAUUUACACUUGAAUCUAACUAAUUCAUUACUGAAGAUGAAUAAUAAAAAUAUAAAAUAUGAAGUGAAAUCGUAAAGAAAAACUUUUUUUGUUUGGAUUUUUCUCUAGUAUCACGUCAAUGCCAUUGCCAAGAUAUUAUGAAUUUUUUCAUUUUUAUUUCAUCAACAUACUAUACAAGUAUUUAUAUGUCUGGAUCAGACAUGUGCUUCCUAAUAAAGUAAGAGAUAAAGAUGAAUCAAAGAAUGAGACCAAUCUAGUCAAAUUCUACCCUUAUCAUAAUCUUAUCGUUAUACUUUUCUUAUUUUGUGGUCCCAUAACUAAUAUUUUCUUCCUACUUCACCGAACUUUAUAUAUAAAAUGUUACCGAAUCACAAUACGGCACUAUAUAAAAGCAGACAAGCACACGUGAUUCACGACAAAUGCGCGGACACAAUAAUACAAUAUCUACAAUAUAUGUUUUUUUUUUUUUGUCAACUACCAUUACCAUGUAUGUUUGGCUCAAAAAAAUCUAAAUAGCAUUUCUCACAUAUCGAAUAGAUCAUUUUUAAGUUUUUAUCACAAAAAAAUUUUGAAAAAACAAAUCAUCAAAAAAAUAUAUUAAAAAGACAAAAAACUUUAUACUCUAGAUAUAUAAAUAUAAAUAAAUAAAUAAACAAAAAAAAUACAAAUUCGAACUUUAAAAAAAUAAAAUUAUUUAAAAUUUAUUUUCAAUUUUUCUUUUAAAAUUCUAAAAUGCUUUUUGAAACUAUUUUUAAAAUUAUUAUUUUCAAACUUUUAAUAUUUUUCAAAAAAGUUAAACUCUACCCAAAAACCCUCGUUUCUUAACUCAAAAUCCUAAAUUUUAGAUUAUUUAACCCUAGGGGUAAGAGUGUGUAUAUGUUUUAUUGAAACAUUUUGGCCUAUCUAAGGGUAUUUCUCAAAUCAAAAUGACCAAAAUAACUUUUAUUAAAAAGUAAAUAACAAUUAUAUUUCUUUUAUAAUUGAAGUUAAUUAUCUUUAAAUAUAUAAAAUUAAGAAAUACUCAUAAUUUAAAUUAUUAGAAUCAAAUAUUGUUUUCUAAAAAAAAUUUAGCAACGAUUUUUAGUAGACUUCCGUGAACAUGUAUGAUAUCUUCCUAAAUUUGUAAGAAUUCUCGAAUUCAAAAAUACCUUCAUAAAUGUUUAAAUAAAAAAUUUAAUUAUGUAUUUCAAAAAAAAAAAUGUAUUUUUUGUUUUAUUUAGGUAGUUCUUCGUACAUCUAAGCUUCCUCAAUUUGAUUUAUAAAUAUAUUUAAGAAAAUAAUGUUCAAUAUAUAACAGAUUUUUUAAAUUUUAAGUAAAUGCUUUUAAAUAUGUAUAAUAUCUUUAUAAAAAUUAUAUAUAAAAUUCAGGAAGGUCUUCCAAAACAUUUAGUACAAUUUUAUACAUAUUUAAGAGUAUCUUACUAAAUAUACAUAUAAUUCAAACUUAGUAAGAUAAGCACAAAUAUAUAUUAAUGAAAAUCUUCCUAAAUACAUACUUAAGAAUGUAUUUUUUAUAUAGACGUUUAUGAAUAUUUUUAUAAAUUUAACAAUCUUCCUAAAUUCAGAAAGUUAUUAUAUAUAUAUUCAAAAAUAUUUUCUUAUUUAAAAAAAAAUUUAGUAAAAUAAUUUUUUGAAACAGAAUUAGAUAAAAAUCAAAACAAAAUUAAAAUAUAACAUUUUGAGGUUUUUUAAAAAUAUUUAUUUAUAUAUUAUAUAUUAAAAAUAGAUAUAAUUAUCUUCUACCUUUAACUAAAACAUAUUUCGAUCUUUGAUUGCUAGUGUAGCAACAAAAACUUGUAUUGAUAACCACACAAGUGUGGUCGAAUGGUUCAGCAGGCUUAGAAAGUGCUAAGCACUCCAUGUGAAAAACCUAAGAAAUUUAGAUUUACUCGUUUAUAUGGUCAGACGACAUGAAUAUCUAAUUAUCAUUGCAAACAACUAGGUCAGUUUGGCGCCCGGUGAACAAAUCCUAGAGGACUAGUCGGUUGGAUCUCGGUCUGCCGGAUACCCGUACUGAUUAAAAAAAAAGUUGUUUUGAUUAUGUUUGAGGUCAUUUUUCUAUUUAUAUAUGCACGCUAAUACAAAGGUAUCCACCACCACAGGUACCUAGAGUCUUACUUUUCUUCAAUGGCCAGUCUAGUGCAGAUGGGUUCACCUCUUAUUUACAGUAAUGCCCUUGUGAAGACUACCCAACGUCCUCAGCCAUUCACAUGCACCAUAGUAGCUAAAACGACACCGGGUAGUGAGUCUCCAUCUGUUCCUCGUCGUUCCGCAAACUAUCGGCCUUCUCUUUGGGACCAUCACCAUCUCCUCUCGGUCAAGAAUAAAUAUACGAAUGUUAAAAGUGUGCGAGAGAGAGAUUUGUUAAAAGAAACUGUGAGAAAGAUGCUCGAUCAUGAGAGGAGUACUCAUCUCGACCAAUUGGAACUUAUUGACGAUCUACAAAAACUAGGGGUUUCAUACCAUUUUGAACAGGAAAUCGACAAUAUGUUGACAUUUACUUAUCACAAAUUAGAUAAAAGUAACUUCAUGGAGUACGACAUGGAAUAUGAUCUACAUGCUAAUGCACUCAAAUUCCGACUGCUUAGACAACAUGGUUUCAAUGUUUCAGAAGAUGUAUUUGAUGUUUUUCAUGAAAACUGUGGGAAGUUUGAGAGCGGUGAAAUAAAUGGUUUCAUAUCUCUGUACGAGGCAUCAUAUCUUUCAACAAAGUCGGAUACUAAGCUGCAAAACUACAUCAGAUUUUUUGCAACUCAACAACUCAGAGACUUUGUUGAUACUCAUAGUAAUAAAAAUUGUGCAUCUUUUGGCGUUGGAGAGAUGGUGGCUCAAGCGUUAGAUAUGCCCUACCAUUGGCGAAUGAGAAGGCUAGCCACGAGAUCGUACAUAAAUUUGUAUGGAAUGAAACCAGACAAGAACCCUGUCUUAGUUGAAUUGGCCAAGCUCGAUUUCAAUAUUGUACAAGCUGUUUAUCAAGAAGAGCUCAAAUACGUUUCCAGCUGGUGGAGGGAGACAGGUUUAGCUAAUCAACUUCAUUUUUCAAGAGAUAGAAUAGUGGAAAAUUAUUUUUGGACUAUUGGACAAAUCCAAGAGCCUCAAUUUGGUUACGUUAGACGAAUAAUGGCCAAGUUAUAUACACUUCUCACCACUAUCGACGACAUCUACGAUAUUUAUGGUACCCUUGAAGAACUUCAACUCUUUACUGCCGCCUUUGCAAAUUGGGAUGUAAAUCGUCUCGAUGAACUCCCCGAGUACAUGAGGUUGUGUUUUCUUGUAGUGUACAAUGAAGUCAAUAUCAUUGGAUGUGAUAUCCUCAGAAAUAAAAACAUCAACGUGAUUCCUUUCCUUAGAAAGUCUUGGGCAGAUGCAAGCAAUGCAUUUUUAGUAGAAGCAAUAUGGUACAAAAGAGGGUACAAACCAAAUACGGAAGAGUACAUGCAAAAUGCUUGGAAAUCAAUCGGGGUCCCAACAAUAUGUCUUCACUUCUACUGUGUAUUCUCUGACCAACUCUCUGUUCAAGUCUUGGAGACUUUGUCCGAGCACUUACAGAACGUUGUCCGAUGCUCUGCCUUUGUGGUCCGUCUAGCCAACGACCUUGUAACUUCUCAGGAGGAAUUGGAGAGAGGAGAUGUCCUCAAAUCGAUCCAGUGUUACAUGAACGAGACCGGAGCUUCCCAAGAGAAAGCAUGUGUUCACGUGCGGCAGAUAAUCAACGACAUGUGGGACGAAAUGAAUUACGAGAAAAUGAAAAGUGGGUCUUCGCUAAUCCCUCAAGAUUUUGUGGAAUCAGUCAUGAACUUGGCACGCAUGUCGCAAUGCAUGUAUCAAUAUGGAGAUGGACAUAGCUCUCCCGAGAAAGCCAAAAUCGUUGAUAGUGUCAUGUCCAUACUCUUUAACCCCAUUAUCCUAGAUUGA